AUCCAGCUCGGAUGUCAUUGUUUCUGCAAUGUCGGGCAUUCGUUACGAUGUUAGUGCGUUGGAAGAAGAGGUCCGACAGCGUGUCGAGGCGGCUCUCGGUGACGACCACCAUAUCCGCAUCAACUACUGCGUGGAAAGAGAAGGGGACGAGAACGAGCCGGAUGGUUACUACGCCUUCCGUAUUAGCGACCAGAUCAGCAUUCGAGUUGGAACGGACCACCCCGGGUAUCAGGUCCCCAAGUGCAGCUGUGGAGGAAACGUGGGAGGCAUAGCAUGCAAGCACAUCUUUUGGCUUGAGGACCAGUUGGCAAACGAAGAUCCGGAGACAUUCCGUUCCGGGCUCAUCCCCCUCACGGCAGAUGGUUCUAAGAUCAAGAACCAACCGCCAUCCAAGGUGAUCGACGACAUUGGAUUGGAAGAGAUUGCGGAACGCAAGGACUGGGUCUUGCAAGAUGACGCAGAAGAUCCAGAGGAAGAGAUGACGGAAAUGCUCUCCGUCUUCGAGCCCUCUCGUGCUCUUGCCAAUGAAAUGAAAGAGGUUUCCGGUCAAGGAUCUCCCGCGUCGCAUAAGUCGAUCAGCCCGCAUAGCCGUAUAUACAAGGAGUUUACGAACCUCAUCACUGAGUAUGCCACCGAGGAUAUUGGCAUGUUAUACCGAAUCCGCGAAAUCAUCACUCCAGGAUUCCAGGCGGAGGUGUUCUUCGAGAAGAUGAGCGACAGGGCCACCGAGUCUUUCAGGGAAAUCGACGAGACGCUUACCCGCGGAGCAACAGCCAUCGACUCUUGCGACAUACCCACCAUCGCGGAGCGCCUCAAGAGAUUGGUCAAGGGCAUCGAAGAAGGGUAUUCUGAGAGGGUGUCAGGGUCCGAGUCGCCCAGCAAACAGGCCGCCAUCAAGGCAGCAGCAGCCCUGAUCGAUAUCCUAGAGGGCGUGGUGGACCGCAACCAAGACAUGGCUUGGACGCGUCUCGGCAACGACGACGAGCCGAUCCAGGCACGUAAUAUCUUCGCGUAUCUCAUCGGCGCCCCUCUCGACUCUAGCAGCCACUUUGUUUUGGAUGUGCUCAAGGACUUGCCCCAAGAUGUGGUUGUGGAGUACCAAAAGUCUCGUCUGGACAGCAUUCGCGCAAAGCUUAUCGCAAGUAACGCCCCGCCAGCGUACAUGAAUCUCUUCCGCAAGAUCAUCUCGCAGGAAAGCAAGAAGCGAUCGAACCCCGAGGUGGGCGGCAGCAGUGCGAAGAAGCCGAUGAAGUGAUGCUUUCACAUGCUUAUCAGAUAACAUUCCUUUCAAGUUUCAGAUUCUGCUUUUCGGGCGAGGUAUCUGGUGGCACUCUCUGACUUGUCUUUACUGGCGGUGUUCUGAAUACAGUUUCAGCGCGUCCAUUUCCUUAACCUACUUCUUGGUACCCCUAUUCACAUUGUGUUCGUAGCCGGCUCUCUGGGAUAGCGUUGUGGCUUUUAUAGACAAACUUGAUAGACACAAAGUACUCAUUCUUUCGCUAUGGGACUACU